AAACCAAAAUAAACAAGAAUUAUAAUCCAAAAUUAGAAGCCAAAAAAAAAAAAAAUCAUAACUGACCGCUUUAGCUCUCUCUCACUAGCGGAAACCCAAAGAGAAACUGCAGAAAAACUGCCGAAAACGGGGAGUUUGAGGAGGGAAGAAUGAAAGAGAAGAUGCAGUGGCCGUGGCCGUGGCGGAGGCGGAAAGUGGUGGUGGUGGUGGUGCUGAGGAAGUUGCUAACGUGCGCUAUAUGUGUAAUAGCUUUGAUGGGAUUGCUUUCUGUUCGCGUACAGGUGUUUCCUUCUUCUAAAGUCUCCGACUUGUCUGAUCCUUACAAGCUCCCUACCGUCACUCAACAGCAUGAAUUAAAUUACCAGAAAUUAAGUGCAGAGAAAAAGUGGACACAGGAGCUAACUCCGCCUCAUUUAUCGAAAGAGCAGGCUCCGCCUCAUCUAUCCAAAGCUCCUCUUUCGUCUCACAAGUUGAAUGGUGCCAAUGGAAGUCUGGAUUUUGAGAAGUUGUGGAAGCAACCUUCUAAUCGCGAUUUCGUGCCCUGUGUGCAGCCCGGUUCUAAUUAUACGGCCCCUGAUGAGUCAAGAGGCUACCUUCUAGUUCAUACAAAUGGUGGGCUCAACCAAAUGCGAGCUGGGAUAUGUGACAUGGUUGCUGUAGCCCGUAUAAUAAAUGCCACCCUUGUAGUUCCAGAACUUGAUAAACGGUCAUUUUGGCAAGAUACUAGCAAUUUCUCUGAUGUUUUUGAUGAGGACCAUUUUAUUAAUGCUCUGGCUAAUGAUGUUAAAGUCAUAAAAAAGCUUCCUAAGGAUUUGUCUUCUGCUACCAAAGUAGUUAUGCAUUUUAGAAGCUGGUCUGGUUUGGAGUACUACCGGGAUGAAAUAGCUAGUCUGUGGGAAGAAUUUCAGGUUAUUCGAGCCGCUAAAUCUGAUUCUCGCCUAGCAAACAACCAUCUGCCUCCUGACAUACAAAAGCUUCGCUGUCGUGCUUGCUACAAAGCACUUCGUUUUUCCCCCAAAAUUGAAGCAAUGGGGAAAUUGUUGGUUGAUCGAAUGAGAGCAUAUGGUCCUUUCAUUGCGUUGCAUUUACGAUAUGAAAAAGACAUGCUUGCCUUUAGUGGUUGCACACAUGGUUUAUCUGAUGUUGAAGCUGAAGAGCUAAGGACAAUCAGAGAAAACACUGCCUAUUGGAAAAUCAAGGACAUUAAUGCAACGGAACAGAGAUCCAGAGGAUAUUGCCCCUUAACCCCAACAGAGGUUGGGAUUUUUCUAACUGGUCUGGGAUACCCAUCAAACACCCCUAUAUACAUUGCUGCUGGAGAGAUAUAUGGGGGUGAUACUCAUAUGGCUGAUCUACGGUCUCGCUAUCCCAUUUUAAUGAGCAAGGAAAAAUUGGCUUCUGUUGAGGAGCUUGAACCAUUCACCAACCAUGCAUCUCAAAUGGCUGCACUCGAUUACAUUGUAUCUGUGGAAAGUGAUGUCUUCAUUCCAUCAUACUCUGGAAACAUGGCAAGAGCAGUUGAAGGGCACCGUCGAUUUCUGGGACAUAGGAAAACCAUCUCUCCUGACAGGAAAGCACUAGUCCGCCUAUUUGACAAAAUCGAAAAGGGGUUAUUGAUGGAAGGCAGAAAGGUUUCCAAUCGAAUCAGUGAAAUACACAAAAAACUGCAAGGAUCACCGAGGAGGAGAAGAGGUCCUGUAUCAGGAACUAAGGGCAUGGACAGGUUUCGUUCAGAAGAAGCAUUUUAUGUAAAUCCGUUACCCGACUGCUUGUGCAAGAGGGUAUCUGAGAAUGUAAAUGCAUCUACUGCCAGUAUGAGAUGAUAGAUGAGAUACUGCACAAACAAAUGCAUUUUUAUCGAAGAUCCCCAAUCUCGUUGUGUGGUGGCACCUGGCUUACGGUAAUGUUAAUUGUUAUCUGUUAUCGAUGAAUCAGAUAUAUUCAUAUGGCUGGGGGGGGGGGGUUCCACUGCAAGAAUGGGGGACGCGGAAGUGUAUAUAUUGUUGAGUUUUAGGAAAUUGAUUCCGAUUCGACAAGGUAUUUUAGCUAAGGCUAAAACGAGGGGAAGGAAAUUCACAUGCUCUAGUGAUGUUUAAUUACUUUGGCUAGGAUUCUGCAGUGCCAUAGGUGGCAUUUCAUAAUUUGUGCACAUGAUAUUUGUACUACCGCUUAAAGAAAUAAUAAUUAAUGUGAACUAUUUCCAUCUAUUAAUUUUCAA